UGUAGAAAAAUUUGCUUCUUGUCUAUUAAAACUCAACGAUAUAACUAUUUUUAUUGGAAAAUAAAUUCCUAUGAAUUUAAUCGUUAUCGUUCGAAGCAAAAAGGUCCAUAAAUAAUUCUUCAAUCCAGAUAUCGAUGCUUAUAAUCGUGAUGAUUAUAAAAUGAUUAAAUUUGGAUUAAAAACGUAGAUUAUUUUCCAUUUCCUUUCUAUCUUUAAGAAUGGAGGCAAAACGAAAUAUUGCUAGAAAUUAUUUUAAUCCCUUUCUGCGCAGUCGUUCUUACCGUAUAUUUUUUUAAGUAAAUUUUAAUCGUAAUCGCGAAAGAACAUUUUUUACGAUACAGUAUUUAAAAAUGAUAUAACGAUGUAAUUCAGCAAAUUAAUGCUAUCUUAUCGAAAUAUAGUACCCCGAUAAGUGCCUGAUCAAUAAUUCCAUAUUUCAUAAUUCGUUUAUAACGUAACUAGAAAACGCUUGAUCAUAAUUCAAUUGCAAAUUCCACAAAUUACACUUACAAUUGUUCUUUCCUCAUGCUUGUAGCAAUUCUGCAGGAAAAAAUUUUCUUUCCUAGCAUUUCGUUAACAAAUGUUAUUUAUACGCGACACCGUUAAGAUGUUAACCGUGUAUUGAGAGAAGACUUUCACAUUGCUUUGAGCAUGCAAGACGUACCACUACCUAGCAAUAUUCGUCAAUGCCACCAUCAGACUUAAUCGUAGCGCUUACAUAUCGGAGGUACGCGACGAAAUCAACAGUGCAUGUUCAACUACCAACCGUGAUAUACGUCGCUUGUUGUUCGUAAAUAUCGAUCUAAACAUCAUGGUUAACUAGUGAUCUAUUGACGCAUUAUAACUCGUUUUUUCAACAACAUUUUAUCCGAGUUCCUCGCACGAAACUGUUCUCCAGAGUGACUGUUCUCCUUGGCUAUUGUACAACUUCUUCCAAUAUGCCAUUUGGCACGUAAAACUUAUUGGAGUGUCUCAUGGAAAUUUUCAUAAUUCAUCUGAUUCGCAUGAUAGAUAGUAGAUAGCGAUAAUAGAUAGCAGAUCACGAUGACUGCGGGAAAUGAUAAAGAAACGAAAGAGCUGUACUGACGCUUUAUCUAAGAACUCAACUGAAAUACACUGAUGAUACGUCUACCGUCAUAUAUCAUGUGUUCACGAUGUUGCUGUACUUUUUCCCCAUAUUCGGAGCGAUGUUGGCGGAUUCCUUAUUGGGAAAAUUCCGCACUAUCUUCUACUUAAGCAUUAUUUAUGCUGUAGGACAACUUUUGUUAUCUUUAAGCGCGGUGCCUCCAUUGGGAAUACCUGCUAGAGAAUUCUCAAUAGUUGGUCUAGUCCUUAUAGCCGUUGGUACAGGUGGUAUAAAACCUUGCGUGGCCGCAUUCGGUGGUGACCAAUUCAUACUGCCGCAACAGGAACUAUACUUGUCCACAUUCUUCUCCCUGUUUUACUUUUCCAUCAACUCCGGAUCGUUGGUCUCCACCUUCCUCACGCCUCUGCUUCGUAGCAGUGUUUCAUGCUUCGGCGACAGUACCUGUUACUCCCUGGCAUUUUUGGUACCAGCUGUCCUCAUGGCUUUGUCUAUCAUAAUAUUCAUCCUUGGGAAGCCUUUGUACAAAAUAGUCAAACCGACAGGUAACGUCGUUUUGAAUGUUUCUAAGUGCGUUUCCGUAAGUUUGACCAUUGCUUUGUUUUUAAAGUCGAUUUACCCCGUUGCAAGGAUAAAUGCUAACCGUCACGCUAUCUACAGAAAGAUCACGUCGAACGAGAAGAGGAUGUAUUGGCUCGACUAUGCGGAUGAUAAGUACGACAAAACACUGAUAAACGACAUUAAAUCAGCCCUGCAGGUGUUGAUAUUGUUCAUUCCAAUACCGAUAUUUUGGGCACUUUUUGAUCAACAAGGCUCUCGAUGGACGUUCCAAGCAACCAGAAUGAAUGGAGAAAUCGGCAAUUUCUUGAUCGAACCGGAUCAAAUGCAAGUGUUCAAUCCUCUUUUGGUGCUCAUUUUCAUACCCCUGUUCGAAACUUGUCUUUACCCGCUUAUGGCUAAGAUUGGCCUACGAACUCCGCUAAGAAUACUAUCUAUCGGCGGUUUCUUAGCUUCGUUGUCAUUUGUAGCAGCGGCAUGCGUUGAAUUGGAGCUCGAGAAAACGUAUCCGAUUCUACCUUCGAAAGAUCUCGCGCAACUACGUGUUUUCAAUACUCUCGACUGCGACGUGAACGUGACGGUGCAUGAUCCUGAGUUAUCUAUAGCUCUUAAAAGUAUGGAUAUGUGGCAAGACCGGUAUAUCAAAGCGAAUGGCGUAAAAGAAUUGAGUUAUGAAGCAGACUUUUCAGUUUGCCAUCAAGCCGGCAUCACAGAAAUAGAUAAAAUUCAAGGAAACAUCACCGUGUCAGAAAACCAGGCGACUUCUUGGGUUAUAACGCAAAAAGGUUUAUCUUACAAUUAUACAGAUUCGAUAGACAAAUCGGAUACUGGCGAGCCUCUAAUACGUGGACUUAUCUAUGUGUAUCCGCCGCAAUCCCUUUCUGUUGAAUUGAUACAGGAUGGUACCGUUGUCUCGGCAUUAAAGAUAAAUGAUACUUCUUUCAACAGAACUGAACUAGUUAAAGUCAAACCUGGCGUAUACGAUAUACGUUUGAAUGAAUUUACAAAGAAAGAAGUAUCACUCAGACUUGGCGGAGUUUAUACUAUCGUCGGGUCUGUCACUGAAAAAGGAUCGAAGGCUAACGUUAUAACUGUAACCGAGCCAAACUCGAUGCACAUAUUAUGGAUGGUUCCUCAGUAUGUCAUUAUCACAAUGGGUGAAGUCAUGUUCUCGGUGACCGGCCUAGAAUUUGCAUUCACGCAAGCACCUGUCAGUAUGAAAUCUCUUUUACAAGCUUGUUGGCUGUUAACAGUAGCCAUUGGUAAUCUCAUUGUAGUCCUCGUGGCGGAAUUCUCGAUUUUUGAUCGUCAGAUUUUCGAAUUCAUUUUGUUCGCGGGAUUGAUGUUCAUCGAUAUAAUUAUUUUCUCUAUAAUGGCGAAAUUUUAUAAAUACGUAGACGAAAACGCCUCCGAAGAGAUCAUUCAUAUGAGCGAAAAAUCCGGAACAGUUAAUACAUCUUAUCACGACGAUGAGAAGUGAUUGUAUAGUGAUUUAUGACUGUCCGAAAUACAGCAUUUUAGUACCUCAAACAUUUUCUUACAUUUCAACGGUUGAAAUUUGAGGAAAAUGCAAGGUUUGUACAUAAGCACUCUGAACAAAGCGUGUAUUUUUAAUAUUGAUUUUUAUCUUGCUUCAAAAAUAAUUAAAAUUCAUCUAUAAUACAAAUUUCACGUACAAUAUAGUUGUUGAAUAAAAUAAAGUUCCAAUACUUUAAGAGCCAAACGAUAGGUGAUUGUGAUUCUUAUAUUCGUAAAUUCGAAUAAAAUAGAAUUUUAUAUGACCCGUAAGUUAACAAUGUCUUAUCAGGUGCAAUUAACAGAAUGCUUACAUCAUCUAUAAAAUAUUUAUUACCGUGGAAUUUCAAGUUUCGAGAUAAAGCGUAACAAUGUACAUGUAGAUACCAUAUUUUAUGGUCAUGAUACAUGAUAUUUGUAAAUAGACAUAUCAAUAGCAAUGAGCGUACAAAUUUUUGUAAAGUUUUAAUUACUGUUUAAAUAAAAAUUUAUUUACUAUUCUA